AUGAGGCGCCUCUGGCACUCGGCAGUUGUCGCAGGCUCCCUCGCUGCGACACUGGUAUUGGGAGAGGCAUACACGCCCAAGCACGAGGCCGGGAGAUGCGCAAUACGCGGGGGUUGUGGGAAACAAGGCUUUUUUGGGCCCGAUCUGCCCUGCCCAGAUAAUGGACUUGCGCGAGAACCAGAAGAUGCUGUGAGAAAGCAGCUGGUGGAGAUGUGCGGGCCGAAAUGGAGUACUGGCCCAGUAUGCUGUGAGGGAGACCAGCUCAAUACGCUCUCCGACAAUCUCAAAAAGGCGAAUGCCUUCAUAUCCUCCUGCCCAGCAUGCAAGGACAACUUCUACAACAUGUUCUGCACCUUCACCUGCUCUCCAGACCAAUCUCUCUUUAUCAACGUAACACAAGCUGAGAAGAAGAAGGAUAAAUAUAUGGUGACUGAGUUGGACCAACUAAUUUCUGACGAGUAUGGAUCCGGCUUCUACGAUAGUUGCAAAGACGUUAAGUUCGGACCGACAAACAGCAAUUCCAUGACCUUUAUAGGUGGCGGUGCGAAAAACUACACUGCAUUCUUAGCAUUUUUGGGGAAAAAGAACCCACCCUUUGGCUCGCCAUUUCAAAUUAAUUUUCCAAGACCGGCGGAUUAUCCGGAGAGAGGAUUGGGUCCGCUAGACAUGGCCCCGAAGAGUUGUAAUGAUGAGGACGAAGCGUUCAGAUGCGCCUGUGUUGAUUGUUCAUCUGUCUGCCCUAAACUUCCUGAGGUUACGGAGGCACAUUCAUGUCAUGUCGGGGUGCUACCGUGUCUUUCCUUCGGAGCCAUUCUGACAUACGGAGUGUUUCUGACUUUGCUUGCCACGGCAGUUUCGGGUCACACCGCCUGGGCCAAACACGCACGCCGCAAAAGCGAGCGUCUACGACUCCUCCAAGACGCUGCUCCUAGCGAUGAUGAGGACGAAGAGGACAUGAUCCAUAACAAUGCCAUGUACGAUCGGCCGCAGAAAAGUUAUUUCAUUAACACUGUCUGCGACAGUGCAUUCGGUCGGUUAGGCUACAUUGCGGCCAAAUUCCCGGCCAUCACUAUUUCCAUCAGCAUCCUUUUCGUUGGAAUACUUAGCCUGGGAUGGCUUCGAUUUGAAAUCGAGACUAACCCAGCUCGACUUUGGGUUAGCCCAACAUCUGCUGCAGCUCAAGAAAAGGCAUUCUUCGACAAGAACUUUGGCCCAUUUUACCGCACCGAGCAGGUAUUCUUAAUAAAUGAUACCAAUCCAGAAGGUCCAGGGCCGGUCCUAAGCUAUGAAACGCUAAAAUGGUGGAUUGAAGUCGAAGACCGUGUCAGCAGGUUGACUGGGGAAUCAACUGGAGCCUCCUUGGAUGAUGUUUGCUUCAACCCUACUGGAGAUGCAUGUGUCGUACAGUCAGUGGCGGCAUACUUUGGGAACGACGACAAAAAGGUCAGGCCAGCCACAUGGAAAGGGAAACUCCAAUCGUGUGUUGACUCUCCUGUCAACUGUCUCCCAAAAUUCCACCAACCCAUCGAUCCUAAACUGGUGCUCGGCGGUAAUAAGGACUCCGAUGACGCCGCCGACUCUCCGGCCAUUAUUAUAACCUGGGUUCUAAACAACGCUGCAGAAGACUCCGCAGAAGUUGCAAGGGCGAUGGACUGGGAGGCGUCCCUAAAAUCGAUGCUACUUGGAUUAGAGACCGAGGCAAAGGAUCGUGGCCUGAGGCUAUCUUUUAACACGGAGAUCAGCUUGGAAGAAGAACUUAACAAGUCUACCAACACAGAUGCCAAGAUUAUCGUGAUAAGUUACGUUAUCAUGUUCUUCUACGCAUCUCUAGCGCUUGGUUCCACGACUCUAUCUUUACGAUCAAUGUUUGGACACCCAGCUCGCUUCCUUGUGGAGUCUAAAUUUUCCCUGGGAGUCAUAGGGAUCCUGAUUGUGCUCAUGUCUAUCUCGGCAUCUGUCGGGUUAUUCUCUUUCGCUGGGAUUAAAGUGACCCUGAUUAUAGCGGAGGUUAUCCCUUUCAUUGUUCUAGCAGUCGGCGUUGAUAACAUCUUCCUCAUUGUGCACGAGUUUGAACGAGUGAACAUCAGCCAUCCUGAUGAUACCGUGGAAUACCGUAUCGCAAAAGCUCUAGGCCGUAUGGGUCCAUCCAUCCUUCUUUCAGCAACUACGGAAACGAUUGCCUUCGCCUUGGGAGCAUUCGUGGGUAUGCCUGCCGUUAGGAACUUUGCCAUCUAUGCUGCCGGCGCGGUGUUCAUCAAUGCAUUGUUGCAGGUUACAAUGUUUGUGUCAGUCCUAGCUCUCAACCAAAGACGCGUGGAAGACCACCGAGCGGACUGUUUCCCCUGUAUCCGACUCAAGAGUGCUGGCAUUCAGCUUGGUCAGUCGAACAGGAAUGAAUAUGUUAGAUCUUACGAAGGUCACGAAGAAGGUCGCCUCCAGCAGUUCAUCAGGAAGUCUUACGCUCCUGCGCUUCUUGGAAAGAAGAUGAAAGCAGCGAUAGUGGUCAUAUUUCUGGGGAUUUUUGCAGCCGCCGUUUCAUUAAUGCCAAGAAUCGCCCUUGGGUUGGACCAGAGGGUUGCAAUCCCAGAUGGCUCAUACUUGAUCCCAUAUUUCAAUGACUUAUAUGAUUACUUUGAGUCAGGGCCUCCGGUCUACUUCGUCACCCGUGAGCUGAACGUUACAGAGCGGAUACACCAGCAGCAGCUUUGCUCACGUUUCACCACUUGCCAGCAAGAAUCGCUAACCAACGUUCUAGAGCAAGAGCGAAAAAGGCCAGAUGUAUCAUACAUUGCUUCGACGCCUGCUAACUGGAUCGAUGACUACUUCCGCUGGCUAGAUCCUCAACUCGAAUCCUGUUGUGUGGAGAAUGGCAAGCCAUGCUUCUCGGAACGUGAUCCGGCAUGGAAUAUCACGCUUUCUGGUAUGCCGGAGGGUGGGGAGUUUAUUCACUAUCUCCGGAAGUGGGUGUCGUCGCCCACAGACGAGGAUUGCCCCCUUGGAGGACAGGCUUCAUACGCCGAUGCUCUCGUCAUUGAUUCGGAUCGCGAGACUAUUCCUGCGAGUCAUUUCCGUUCCAGUCAUACACCUCUUCGCAGCCAAGAAGACUUUAUUGCAGCCUAUGCGUCCGCAAGAAGAAUUUCCGACGGGCUGAAAGAGAGUACUGGAAUAGAAGUCUUCCCAUAUAGCGUGUUCUACAUUUUCUUCAACCAGUAUUCCACAAUAGUCCGCUUAACAGCAACCUUACUCGGAUCAGCACUGGCCAUGAUCCUUGUCAUCUCAUCAAUCCUCCUAGGUUCUGUAAAAACAGGCAUCAUCGUCACAAUCACAGUCAUCAUGAUAGUCGUCGACAUUAUCGGCACCAUGGCUGUAUUUAACGUCUCCUUGAACGCCGUUUCUCUAGUCAAUCUUGUCAUCUGCGUCGGCAUCGGUGUCGAAUUUUGCGCCCACAUCGCCCGAGCAUUCAUGUUCCCCUCCCGCACCGUCAUGCAACGGGUAAAGAACAAAUUUCGCGGCCGUGACGCCAGAGUUUGGACAGCGCUAGUUAACGUAGGGGGAUCCGUCUUCUCCGGCAUCACCAUCACUAAACUCCUGGGUGUUUUCGUCCUUGCUUUUACCAGGAGUAAGAUUUUUGAGAUUUAUUAUUUUAGAAUUUGGCUCGCGCUUGUGGUUUUUGCUGCUACACACGCCCUUGUGUUCUUGCCUGUGGUAUUGAGUUUAUUUGGUGGGGAGGGGUAUGUUGAUCCUGAGAGCGAUGGGGGAUUGGAGGAGGAUUUAACAAGUCGCCGCAGGGCACUUUUGCUAGAUGAUGAUGAUUCGGAUUAUGAUUAUUAG